GUGGUCUGCUCAUAAAGUAACAAGUUACCGGUAUCUGUGAAACACCAAGACCAUGAACCACACAACCAGCAGCAGCUAGGAAACACAUGCUCCACCACCAUCAGACUGAUCAACACAGUGACAGACCCCAAACACACCCACGCCUCAUCUUCUAACUCUCAAGCUGAGUGAAGGGGUAUUUUCAGAGAGCAACUAUAGAAUGUGACCUCCUUUUCAGCUAACAAACAGGAAUUAUUUUAUAGAACAGCAGCCCUCAUCAAAAGGAAGUCUGCUCUUUCUCUACUCUACAAUUCCUUCUCUGUGUGUAUCGGUUAGUCAACUCCUAGCUACCAGUGACAGUGAUAGAUAAGGACAUACAGCCUGAGGAAACAGUCAAAUCCUUACAGAGAUGUCUGGUGGUCCCUUCUCCUGCUUCUCCAAACAGGGAAUACUACUUAUCCUAUUCUCCAACCUCCACUAUGUUGUGGGUGUUCCUCUGAUCAUCAACAAGAGAGUGGGGGACUCUAUGGAGCUGCUGGCAGGCUUAGAGAGGGGACAUUUCAAAUCCUUGUUGUGGAAGUAUGGAGGAAGGGAUAUCGUAGAAUUCAACUCAGAAGUUAUAUAUUCACCUGGAUCCCAGUUUGAGGGGAGACUAAAGAUGAACACUAAAAACUUCAGUUUAACAGUCAGAGAACUGACACUGCAAGACUCAGGGGAUUUUCUACUUACAGGUGAAGGGGACAAAGGUCAGAUUGACAGUAAGACCAUCACUCUGAAGGUCCACGAACCUAUAUCCAAGGUGGCGAUCCAGACAGACAUCAAGCUAUUGGCCAACCACUCCUGUACGGUACGGCUGGUGUGCAACGUGUCCUGCUACCCCAACAUUACCUACACCUGGGAGAGAGACAAUGAGAUCUACGGGGACGCCCAGCAGAUUCACUUCUCUCUCUCACCAGCAGAGAGAAACAUCAGUGUAAAGUGCAACGCCUCCAACCUAGUCAGUUGGAAAACUACCUCUGCGACAGUAAAGUGUAGAAAUGACACAACCACCCCAGAAUAUGUGACAGGACUGGCGUCGUAUGCCAUCUACAUCGGAGUAUCAGUGGGAGGUGCUGUGGUGCUGAUCCUCACUGUAGCUGUGGCAGUGUGCUACUGCAGGGGCCGAAGUAACACAGCAGAUCUAACUGACAACACAAUAUAUGCUGAUAUUAUGAUCAACACAAGAAGUAGAGAUACAAUAUCAAACAGUCAUGUAAACCCAAUAUCCAUCUAUGAAACUGUCAAUGAUCUGGUUAUCCCAAGAUUGAACAAGCCGCAGACUCUGUAUGACAAGAUCGCAUUUGGACGCCCAGAAGGCCCCCCUUGUCCCUACCAGAAAGUACUGUGAGCUGAACAGGAUGUGGUCAUAGGCUGGGCCUUGCAUAGAUAUAGAACCCUCUGCAUCCUCUGCAUCUUACACGUGUACAUUCUGUAGAUAGGCCUAGAUGUUACUGUUUCAUUUCAUCACGAUCUACACAAUUUGCUUACAAUUUGAUGAUUGUACUCUUCUCCCUUUUUUAAUUAUCAUAUAUAUAGUGUAUCAUCAGGCCUUAUGCUGUUCUUUGAGGGCCUAGUUACAAUUAGAUUCUGAAAUGUGUCAUAGGCAGUUAUAGGUGUUGUGAUCAGACAAGCUCAUAUGUCGAAUUUCUAGUUUCUAGAUUAAAGAAAAUAGUUGUAGAUAAUAGUAUGACAUUGAUUAGUGAAGUUCAUUUAUGCCUGUGAAUAGAAAGUGUACUCUUUUGCAUCAGGAUUAUGUGCUGGCCAGGCAUCGAUGAGGUUGUAAUCAGAGAGUAUAUGAUGGAGAGUCUUUGUUACAUGUGGACUGUAGAUGGUCUUAUUUGAUUUGUCCGCAUGUCCAAAAUGGCAUUCAUGUCUGUCCCAAUAACCAGAUGGAAUUCAAUUAAUUCCCCAAAAUAUUCCAUUCACAGAAUAAAACAUGUUUCUACCUUUUUGCAUACGUUGAGUGCUUUGCAUUUAGAAUGAAUUGUAAUUACCACUCACGACUGUAUUUGUUAGCAACAGAGGCAUGAUUGUUGUAUUGAAUGGUUUUCAGUACUGUAGCCUUCACCAAGUGAAUGUCUAAGUGAAUAUGUUAUCUUUAAAAUUAAACUCAUUAUGACAACACAUUACAUAUAUCAUAAAGCCGCUGAGGGCCUAGUUACACCCUAACACACUGGUCUGAAACUCCUGGUUUAGUCAAAUUAUGCCGGCUUGCAAAGGGAUGUGUCAUUUCUAUUGGAAUCCAGUCAAAGUUAGGAUAUCCAACUAUUUAACAUUUAAGUCACAUGCAACAUGCAUUCAGAAUGACUGUUGGGGUAGAGAAAAUUGUCACGAUCGUCUAUAGGUGGAAGAGAGGAGGACAUAAAUACAUCUUCUUUAAUGAAGACGAAACAAACACUUUUACAAACGAACAAAACAACCGUGAAGCUAUACAAACAAAUCGUGCUGACACUAAACACUACACAUAGACAAUUACCCACAACCUACCU